AUGGGAUAUGGAUUCGUGGAAGUCGCAACAACAAGAACUGAUCUCUUCUCCCGCAGCAACAGCAAUGCUCGCACGCAACGCUCCGCUUUCCAACCCGCGAAACGUACCAAGGGAACCAGUGGCUGGCAAUUGAAGCAAUUCGCCGAAGCGACGCUCGGAAGCGGCAGUUUACGCAAAGUCGUUCAGCUGCCGGAGGGUGAAGACAGAGAUGAGUGGUUGGCCGUCAAUGUCGUCGACUUCUACAACCAAAUCAACCUCCUCUACGGCGCCAUCACCGAAUUCUGCUCCCCCACAACCUGUCCCGAAAUGAAAGCCACCGACGAAUUCGAAUACCUCUGGCACGACCCUCCCUCGUUCCCCAAACCCACCCGCCUCCCCGCACCCACCUACAUCUCGCACCUCCUCUCCUGGACCUCCGCCCACCUCUCCAACUCGACCCUCUUCCCCACCCACCCAGGUGUACCCUUCCCUUCAAACUUCUCCGCCACGAUUCGCACGAUUUUCAAGAGAUUGUAUCGGGUGUACGCGCACAUUUACUGUCAUCACUAUGGCGUGGUGAGAGGACUGGGAUUGGAGCCGCAUUUGAAUACUGGGUUCAAGCAUUAUGUGUUGUUUGUAGAGGAGUUUGGGUUGAGUGAUGGGAAGGGGGAUAAGAAGGGGGAGUGGUAUGGGCCACUAGGGGAGUUGGUGGAGAGCAUGUUGCGGAGUGAUUAG